GCUUCCGGGUUUGCACAGUGGACAUCCAUGUGCGUGAUACUCGACUGUAGUCAUGUCAACAGACGCCGUAAUUAUAAAUGGAGACGAGGACGAGGAGUUCAGAGGGUUUGUGGCUCUUCACGCCGGGGCCCUGCAGUCCUCCCGGAUACCCCCGACCUACUGGAGGAGCCUGCACCGCAAAAUCACCAACGAGAUUUACGACGCGGGGGAAGUUUUUGGAAUCAUGCAGUUCCAACAAGAAGAAGAAGAGGAGGAGGACAAGGACAAGAAGGACAAGAAGGACAAUCCUGGCGCAGUGAUCCGCUGUAAAGUGGUUGUGACCCAGGAAAGUGGGCUGCAAGCCUCCGAGCCGACCAGUGUCUACCUGGUGGAUCACGCCUGGACGUACCGCGUGGACCACGCCCGCCAGCAGCUGGAGCAGAUCCCCGGCCUGCUGCCCAGGAUGGCCGCCCUCAUGGGGGUGGACUUCCAUGGCGAGGCCCCUGACCCUGACACGGUGGAGCUGGUGAUGGAGCACAUGUGGAAGUACAACCAGACUUAUAAUCUCUCCCAGGGGUCUCCUGAGGAUAAGGUUCCCGUGUGGUACAUCGUGGAUGAGUUCGGCUCCCGGGUGCAGCACUCCGACCAGCCCAGCUGCAGCAUGGCGCCCUUCUUCUACGUCCAGGGAGGGCUGGCCUACUCUGUGCUCUGGCCUCUACAGGACCUGCAGGAAGGAGAUGAAGUGACCCGCGACUAUACAUACGGAGAGACGGACCCACUGGUGAGGCGAUGCCGUCUGUUACCAUGGAAACCCUCUGAUCUAGAAGGGGUCAGCAGUGACACGACUGAGCCCCCGGACUCGUACUACGAGGCCAUUGCGUUAGAGAACAAGGAGCAGCUUCCUGUGGAAAUCCAACCCUACACUGUACCCGAGGACAAAAUCCUAAAGGUUUACUCCGACUUGUCACAAGUAACUAACAACCUGACACACCCACGGUUCCAGCUGACUGAGGAGGAGGAGGAGGCUGAUAUCAUUUGGAGCUAUAAUCACAUCAAAGACUACAGGAAGCUGAGCGAGGAGCGACCCCAUGUGAUGCUAAACCAAUUUCCCUGUGAGAGCAUCGUCACCGUGAAGGACUGCAUGGCUGCCGUGGCCCGCAGAGCCAAAGGUGGCUCACAGCCCGAUUGGUUACCAGAGACCUUCAACCUCCAAUCAGAGCUGCCGCAGUUCAUCAAGCGUUACCAACAGAGACAACAGAGAGGAGAAGAUAACCACUGGAUCUGUAAGCCCUGGAACUUGGCCCGUGGCCUGGACACACACAUCACCAACAACCUGGAAUACAUCAUCAGACAAAGAGAGAGUACGCCAAAGGUGGUGUGUAAGUACCUUGAGGAUUCAGUGCUGUUCAACAGAGAGGAGGUGGGAAUGGUGAAGUUUGACAUUCGCUACAUGCUGAUGGUGCGCUCUGUGCAGCCUCUGCGUCUCUAUGCCUACAACGUCUUCUGGUUGCGCUUUGCUAAUAGACCUUUCUCCUUGGACCAUUUCGAUGAUUACCAAAAGCACUUCACCGUCAUGAACUAUACAGACGGAGUGGAGCUGAAGCAGGUGCACUACGACGAGUUCAUCCCCAUGUUUGAGAAGCAGUACCCAAUGUAUCCAUGGAAGGAGGUGGAAGCAGAGGUGUUCAAAGGCUUCAGGGAGUUCUUCCAGGCCGCCUCGUCUCGACCGGCUCCGUGUGGUGUCUGUCCCUACCCGUCAUCCCGGGCCAUCUAUGCCGUGGACCUCAUGCUGAAGUGGAGUACGGGGCAAAAUGGUGGGCGAGUCAUGCAGCCUCAGAUCCUGGAGUUGAACUUCAGCCCAGACUGUGCCAGGGCCUGCCUCUACCACCCGUCCUUCUACAACCACAUGUUCCAGACCCUGUUCCUGGAUCAGCCCGAGGACUGUCCGGUCACACGAAUCAUAUGAUCGGCUCUAGUUUGUCUCUGUAACUCAGUUCCUUGUGAAUCUUUAAAUCAUUGCCUUUUUUUAUUUCAAUAAAGUUAUUACAAGGUUGUCCUCUGAUCUGAUGGGUACAAAAUGAGAAGCAAUAAAAACAUUUUACGAUAAAUGGGAAUUGUAUCAUGAAUGAUUGUGGGGAGAAUACCUGCUGCGAUGAAUCUUUAGUAUUCACCUUCACUCUCCUCUCUGCCCUCCUUCCUGUUCAUCCCUUUCCUUCUUGUGGCUUCACAUGUCAGUCGCCUACUGCUGAGGAGAGUUUAGUGACGAGGAGGUCAUAGUGCGACCUGCUGUCUGCUGCAGUAGACCGGAGGGGAAAUGAAGAGGAGAGAACAUUCAGACAUAAAUAGAACAUCUGCUAACUCGUGUCGUAUCUUUCAUGCGACCGUGCUGUUGAAGUGAUGAGGAAGGAUGCUCCGCGGACACUGUUCUUGCUGGUAUAAUGAAGUUUAUUACAAACAAGCAACACAUGUCAUGACGGACGUCUAGAGCGCCCGGAGGUCUCGAGUCGAAUCUGUGAGUUCCCUGACUUUCGAGCUCUUACACCUCCUUAUAUAGUGUACAUGUUAUUCACAUUUGGGCUGAAGUCAAGGCCUUGUAUGGGGCUCCGAUAUGCUAUACAUUUGCCCUUUGGCCCCUUCGGCCCCUGGUAUCCCGCACAACUGCUUCCUAUAUAUCAUAUAAGACAAGAGCACUGGGGGCCUUUGUUGUAUAGUGCAAGGCCUGAAAAUAUACCACACUCGUAAAAAGGGAAGCAUAAGCAAGCAGCUCUAGAUGAAGAAGUGAAAGUGUGGAAGAGGAAAUUUGUUCAUUUGAUGUGAGAU